AUGCACGAGUAUCUGUGUAUAAAUUCGAGAAGUCAAGAAAUUGUGUACAUUCACAACAUGUCCAUCAAAACUUCGCUACUGUUAAGUGCCCUUUUGGCCAUCAUCGUUUCUGCUGAUGUUGACCUGCAAAAAGCUUCAACCUUAAUUCAAAAAUGUGCAGAAGAAACCAACACUGCUCCCUCAGAAUAUAAUAGUCCAGAUAUUUUAACUUCGACACAACCUGAAAAUGUUCUUUGUAUGGCAAAAUGCGUUCUGGAAAAAUUCGAAAUUGUGGAUUCAGAUGGAAAAAUAGUUAAAGAAAAAUUAGCUGAGAUUAUCAGUGAUUGGCCCGAGGAAAUGCAGAGUACGACGAUAAAGUGUGGGGAGGACCUUGAGACCAUAACCUCUUGCCAAACUAUGGAGGAGUAUAGGAAGUGCAUUCAGCCUGCAGUGGAGAAACUUAGAGGAGCGAAUUAA